UUGCAUUAGAGGAAACAGGCACAAGUACAGACAAUGCCGCUUUGGGGAACCUUCAGAUUACUGGAUACUCAUUUAUUCUUCUGGUUCAUAUUGGGAUUAGUACGGAGAGUGUGUCGCCUCCUGGCAGAGUCAGUGUAACCCGGAGACAACAACACAACAAGGACAAGGACCAUCUUACGUUACAAGGAACCACACAGUUUAACCUGACGCAAUGAGAUGCAUUCAAGCCUUCGGUGCUGUGGUUCUCCUCCUCACUUUGUUUAAGAUCUUCAUCUCAACCCUUCACCUGGUGACCACCUACAGCCACAAGGAUCAACCGAAGUCUCUUAGCCUCCAGGUCCACGACAACGACGUGACAACGCAAUCCUCCGAGCAGGAAAGCUUCACGCAGCCUCGCCCUGUUGAUGUGCUCAAUGUGUCUUUGUUUGAAGGCCUCACACAGACCAUACCUCAAAAUGCAGCGUACUGGAACCGCCUGCUGUACUCGGCCCUUAGGAUUCUGGACCAGAGUAAACUCGCUGACUGGUCAAACUGCAGGGAGACGAAUCAGGAGCGGCUGCAAACCAACGUGCACGACGUCGCCUCCUAUCCUGUCUUGUUGCAGGACUUUUUGAAGGGCAUGAACUGUAGCACCUCUCCAGUCCUCAUCAAUCAACCCGACAAGUGCAGCUCAAGUCAGGAGGAUGGAAACAACCAAGCCUUCCUGUUGUUCGCCAUCAAGUCAACUCCUGGAAACUUUGAGGGGAGACAGGCGGUGCGGGAGACCUGGGGCAAAGAGAGGGUGUAUCAGAGAGGCCUGAGGGUCCGCACGGUGUUCCUCCUGGGUAACUCCCCACCGGACGGCAUUGACCUCAGCCCAAUGCUCUCACUUGAGGCAAAACACUUCAGGGACGUCCUGCAGUGGGAUUUCCAAGAAUCCUUCUUCAACCUGACGCUGAAAGGGAAUAUGUUCCUCCAGUGGACACUAAAAGAAUGUCCUCGUGUCUCUUUCGUCUUCAGUGGGGAUGAUGAUGUAUUUGUCAACACACCAGCAUUGCUCAGAUACCUGAAGUCUCUGCAGGCUUCUCAAGCAUCUCACUUGUAUGUUGGACACGUCAUAAGUACAGCAAGUCCCAUCAGGACCCCGAACAACAAAUACUACAUUCCUCUGAGUUUCUAUGAUGGCCCAUACCCUGCUUAUGCUGGUGGAGGCGGUUUUGUCAUCUCUGGAGCGUUGCUGCAGUCUCUAUAUUCUGUUUCUCGUUUCAUUCCCUUCUUCCCCAUCGAUGAUGUCUACACUGGGAUGUGCGCUAAGGCUCUGGGAGUUUCUCCUGAGGCCCACCCAGGCUUUCAGACCUUUGACGUCAAGGAGCCAGAUCGUGGGAAUGUGUGUGUCCAUAAAGAUCUUAUUAUGGUCCAUCAGCGCUCGCCAGUGCAGAUGAAGAGGCUGUGGAAGGGCAUUAACAGCCCCCUGUUGACUUGUUGAACUACCGAUGAGCAAAAGACGCAGCCACAAAAGAGCAUUGCCCUCUAAGUUUCAAGAUGACGCAGCACAAGGAAUUGUAUCGUUGAAAUCUUCCAAGGACUUAGAAAACACCAAAUAGCUGUUAAUGUCUUUUGAAGUUAGAUUUUUUAACAGGUCAAAAAUAUUUUUGGUGAAUUAUUUGUCAAGAUACUUCACAUUUAAGUGGGAAACAGUCUACAGGGGCCAUUUGGCUUAUUUCCACUCUACCAGCGGGUUUAAAUAAACACCAAGACAAUUUAAA